GCCUGCGCGUCGGCGCUGGGAGCCGCGGCCGCCGCGCUGCGAGGGGCGGGCAGCGGGCGGGAUGGGCCGGAGCCGGGCCUAGCGGCAGCGGGCAGGCGGCCGCGGCCAUGAGCGGAGCUGCGGGCUGCCAGGGGGGCGGCGGCGACCGGGGGCCCCGCUGGAGGAGGCCGUGGAAGAUCCUGGCCCUGGGCCUGCUUUCCGCCUCCUCCGUGCUAGCGGCAGCCCCGGGCGCCGGGGCCAUGAGCAAGGAGGAGAAGCGCCGGUUGGGAAACCAAGUUCUAGAAAUGUUUGAUCAUGCAUAUAGCAAUUAUAUGGAGCAUGCAUAUCCAGCUGAUGAACUCAUGCCUUUAACUUGUCGUGGACGAGUACGGGGUCAGGAACCAAGUCGAGGCGAUGUGGACGAUGCCUUGGGAAAGUUUUCGCUGACCUUGAUUGAUACCUUGGACACUCUUGUGGUGUUAAAUAAAACCAAAGAGUUUGAAGAGGCUGUAAAAAAAGUAAUAAAGGAUGUUAAUUUAGAUAACGACGUAGUUGUAUCUGUCUUUGAAACCAACAUAAGAGUCCUUGGAGGUCUCCUAGGUGGGCAUUCAGUGGCAAUUAUGCUGAAAGAAAAAGGUGAAUAUAUGCAGUGGUACAACGGUGAACUUCUGCAGAUGGCAAAGGAACUAGGCUACAAGCUUUUACCAGCUUUUAACACCACUAGUGGUCUCCCUUAUCCAAGAGUUAACUUAAAAUUUGGUGUAAGACAUCCAGAAGCAAGAACAGGAACAGAAACUGAUACCUGUACAGCUUGUGCAGGUACCUUGAUCCUUGAGUUUGCAGCUUUAAGCCGAUUCACAGGAACAUCUAUAUUUGAGGAAUAUGCUCGGAAAGCGCUAGAUUUUAUUUGGGAAAAGAGACAGCGCAGCAGCAAUUUAGUGGGUGUUACCAUUAAUAUUCACACUGGAGACUGGGUCCGCAAAGACAGUGGAGUUGGAGCAGGAAUAGAUUCGUAUUAUGAAUAUUUAUUAAAAGCCUAUGUCUUGCUGGGAGAUGACAGUUUCCUGGAAAGAUUUAACACACACUACGAUGCCAUAAUGAGAUACAUCAGCCAACCACCUCUUCUUCUUGAUGUUCAUAUUCAUAAACCAAUGCUAAAUGCUAGGACCUGGAUGGAUUCUUUGCUAGCUUUCUUCCCUGGAUUGCAGGUGUUGAAGGGCGAUAUUAGACCUGCUAUUGAAACUCAUGAGAUGCUGUAUCAGGUUAUAAAAAAGCAUAACUUUCUUCCAGAGGCAUUCACAACAGACUUUAGAGUUCACUGGGCUCAGCAUCCUUUAAGGCCUGAAUUUGCCGAAAGCACUUACUUCUUGUAUAAAGCUACUGGGGACCCUUACUAUCUAGAAGUUGGAAAAACACUCAUUGAAAACUUGAACAAGUAUGCAAGAGUACCUUGUGGGUUUGCUGCAAUGAAAGAUGUUCGUACAGGAAGUCAUGAAGACAGAAUGGACUCUUUCUUUCUGGCAGAGAUGUUUAAAUAUCUUUACCUGCUGUUUGCUGAUAAGGAAGAUAUGAUUUUUGACAUUGAAGAUUAUAUCUUCACUACAGAAGCUCAUCUAUUACCACUUUGGCUUUCCACUACAAACCAAACCAUCUCUAAAAAAAAUACAACUACAGAAUACACAGAGCUGGACGACAGCAACUUUGACUGGACCUGUCCCAACACCCAGAUUCUUUUCCCAAAUGACCCUAUGUUUGCUCAGAGUAUUCGUGAACCUUUGAAAAACGUGGUGGAUAAGAGCUGUCCCAGGGGUAUUUCCAGAGCAGAAGAGAGUUUGGGAAGUGGACCAAAACCACCAUUGAGAGCCAGAGAUUUCAUGGCCAGUAAUCCCGAGCACUUGGAGAUACUGAAGAAGAUGGGAGUCAGUUUGAUUCAUUUAAAAGAUGGAAGAGUACAAUUAGUACAGCACGCAGUGCAAGCAGCAAGUUCACUUGAUGCUGAAGAUGGCUUACGGUUCAUGCAAGAAAUGAUUGAACUCUCCAGUCAGCAACAGAAGGAGCAGCAGCUGCCUCCUCGUGCUGUUCAGAUCGUUUCCCAUCCCUUCUUUGGCAGGGUGGUCUUGACCGCUGGCCCAGCACAAUUUGGGAUGGAUUUAUCCAAACACAAAGCAGGGACAAGAGGAUUUGUUGCAACCAUUAAGCCAUAUAAUGGAUGCUCCGAGAUCACUAAUCCUGAGGUGGUGAAAGAGAAAAUUGCUCUGAUGCAAAGAGGCCAGUGUAUGUUUGCUGAAAAGGCACGGAACAUUCAAAAAGCUGGAGCAAUAGGUGGCAUUGUUAUUGAUGACAACGAGGGAAGCAGCAGUGACACAGCUCCUCUCUUCCAAAUGGCUGGUGAUGGAAAGAACACGGACGACAUCACGAUCCCCAUGCUCUUCCUCUUCAAUAAGGAAGGAAACAUUAUCCUGGAUGCCAUCCGGGAGUACGAGUCUGUGGAGGUGCUCCUUUCUGAUAAAGCAAAAGACAGAGCAACAAUCUUUAAAGGUAAAAUGAUUCCAAACUACAUUAUUGAUAGCAACUUGGAAAUGGAGAAUAUGGACCAGAAAUUAUCUGAAAACGAUUCACAUAAACAGAAUUCAGAAGAAGCUCCUUCAGCAUCUCAGGAUGUUGGCGCGGUCAGUGAGGAGCCCGAAGAAGGAGAAAGCUCUGACGUUACUGACCCUGAUUCUUUAUCUCCUGCUGAGGCAGACAGGGACAGCAUUUCCAUUUCAAAUCAGGAUUCCUACGUCCCCGGAACCGAUGAGGCCGGCGCUCCGGAGCCAGCGUGUACGCCAGGGGAUCACCAGCCUCAGGAACAAAAGACCGAGACAGAGUCAAAUUCCAAAGUUAACUGGGAUAAUAAAGUCCAACCUAUGGAAUCCAUAUUAGCAGACUGGAACGAAGAUAUAGAAGCAUUUGAAAUGAUGGAAAAGGAUGAGCUAUGACUUGUAAUAGUAACUUAUUUGUUAAUAAACAAGUGGAGAACUCUUUUGGGUAAAAGCGAGGCCCUGAUAUCUGAGAACGAGUAAACGUGUUCAGUAUUGUGAUGAGCAACCAGAUUUCACCUGGAAAUUACCACACAAAUCCAGCACGUGCUCUUUGUAUUUUUUUUAAUUUUUCCUGUUUAAAAAUGGGAACGUGCAAUUGAAGCAUUAGCCUGGCUCCCCUGCAUGGUGCUGUAACCCAGGAGGCUCAUUUGGGGAACGAGCCCAACUUCUGCCUUCCAGGCUCCAAGAGGUCAGGCUCCCUUGGGUCUCUGGAAGGCAGGAGUUGAAGGCAGUGGGGUGACCACGCCAUGAACGGUUAUCGGGGAGCGCACUGGAAGGCUGGAGGUCAGCCAUGGCUGUGGCUUUCCCUGGUCUCUACUGAGUUGAAAGCCUUCAUUGACAGCAGCGGGUGACAUUAUGUUUCUGGUUCUCUUGUCUUUAAGACACAGCUAGAACUUGUCCCAUCACAUCAUACUGAGACGUGGUGGUGUUGCUCAUCACUCCUUCCAUCCAUUACCAUGAAGAACGACCAUGAUGAUAUGUGAGUUUUCCCUUCUGCUCCACUUUCAACUAGAGAAACUGUACAAACCAAAGGCAGCGUGUGCUUUGUAAGCAGGUUCCAUCAGGGAAACGAAGGCAGCUUUGCUCCUUUGGGGUCUACCAGAUAAAGGGUCACGGUGUGUUGUGGAAGUUCUGCUUGAGGUUAAGGUAAAGUGGUCAAGGUAGAUGUUGAGUUACAGGUGUUUCCUUUGGCCUUCCAGGUUCAAAAAUGUACCCUGAGAUACAGAAUUUAAACUGGCAAUAUUCUCUGAACGGACGCUAAACGGAACUAGAUCGGUUAUAACAAAAAAUCUUCCUUUUUCUACAAAUUUGAUUUCUAACAGCUUGACUGCAUUAUCGUUCUUUUUAUACGCAACUUGUGUACGUGUGAUGCUUAAGGCAAGGAGGCCAGUCCCAGCAGUGAAAUGCAAUGAUUCUGGCUCUUGGGUCCAUAGCUCAGUGUAGUGGCAUGACCCACAAGGAUGGCUGAUGUGUUACUCUGGGCUUUGGGAGAUUGUUACAGGUAAGUGUGAGUCCUAAUUUGUUAUCCCUAUUAUGAAAAAAGCAUUAUUUAGAUAAAAACGGGGAUGUUUUAAACAACUGAGAGACGUUUUGACUGUGUCCAAAGAAACUGCCAAAAACAAAUUAACUUGAUUUAUAUAAACCGCUUUUAGUGAGUUGUGGUUCAAAGAAUUGUUUUAUAUUAAAGAGUAAAUUAAUACUGCCUAUAUGCUGCACCAGGCUAAAAAUGGAGGUUUAUAUUAAUCUUUACGAUGGAAUAAAAAAGCGCCCCAAUCAGAACUGCACCUUCCAUUUAGCUGGUGAAAUUUUGUGUGCUGAAUAUGCAACUGUUAAUUAGUACAGCCAUACUGUAUUUAUUUAUGUAUACUCCUGUACAGUAUGAAUGGAGAAAUCCCAGGCAAAUGUUGUAUACAUGUGUACUUAAUGACACUUGCUUUCAAGAGUAUCAAAAUGCACAGGCACCUUUUGAGAGCAUGACAGUCAGACUAUUAUCCAUAAACUGAAUAACUUUAAAUCACUCGAGCAGGAGGUCAUUUCAAGGAGAAAAAGAAGCGGUAGUGGAAUAGUGAAUAAGUGUCCUUUUAAAGAAAUCAGCUUUUAAAUGUAGUUAUAAUUCCUUUGCACAAAUAACUGGAUGGAGGUUUGGACUGAAUGAGUAGGGCUUGAAGCAGCUGGUGGUUUUCAGUUGAGAAUUUUUUUUUUAUUUAUGUUUUUUUGUCAUGUGAGGAGUUUGAUCACGGGAGCCUUCCAAGUGUCCUUUGUUCCCUGGAGCCCCGGUCCGUCCUGAGGGACACUGUGCUCCCCUGGCAGGGCCUGGACUCAAGGCAGCGUGGCCAAGUGCAGGCAGCUGCAGGAUCAAACCCAGAGGUUUCACUCUGUCAGUGCUUAGUGCCACAAAAGGAGCAGUUUUGUUCCCGUGCUCUUUGAUGUGGGUUACAUCUUCAUCCUUGUUAGCUCUUCUGGUGGAAACCAAAUCCUUUUAUAGUUGUAGAGGCCCUCUGCUCGUUAUGUUAAGACUGCCAGUAUAGCAGCUAAAGGUUUUCUUUUUUUUACUUGCAGAAAAUUUAGGUGUUUAAAUUUUAUUAAAAGAUGAACUUUUCUUGCCACCACUCGCUCAUUCUUAUUGAAUGGCUUUUCCACAUCUAUCGAUAAAGCAGCAGACAUUAGCUCUCCUUUUGAGGGAUUUUUGAACAAUCCCAGAACUCUGAUGUUUGAAGCAUCCUUUUGGUGGUGGCCUACCUCAGAUAGAGAACUGUUGCCUCCCUCUUUUUGGGUUGGGGUUUCUUUCCGGUUUUGUUUCAGUUUGUUCUACUUUACCUUUGAAACCAUCGUAAGAGCCAUAGCUUUGUUUACAGAACUGAAUGGGGUAAGGUUGACCUUCUGGGAAAGAGGACUAAAUUGGGGGGGGGGCAGUUUUAUUCAGGUUCUUUACAAUUUGUAUUUCCUUACGAGGAAACAGGUGUUAGGUUAACCUUUUCAUAUCAGUCUGAAAAUAAUUCAGUUUUCUUUCACUGUCAUCUUAAAAAGCGAAGACGAAUGUAUUCAUCAAAAAGAAGAACUUUUGGUGAGGGGUGUCAGUGUUCUUCCCAAAUUGUUUUAGAAGUCUGCUCCCUCCAUGUGGAAUAUUGCAUUCACCAGUCUCCUCUUCCCUUCUAUGGUAUUGUACAUUUAUUUGUAUGGUAUUGAACACUGAAGAAUUUGGGAAUCACAGCUGGAGCUAGCACUUAUUCCAUGCCAUAUAUAAUUCAGAUCAGCUGAUUAAGUUCUUAUUUGAUCUUAGAGGAAUAUUCUCAAUUGUUUACAUUUAUUGUAUUUUAAUAAAGUUUCCAAAUGAGCCCAGCUUUGGUUCUCCUCCCGCUGCCAGCGUAGCUGAAGGCACAGUGGUAGGAAUGAGUAAGUGUAUGUCAAGGGGUUAAAAGUGGGACAUCUUAUGCAAAAGGCAUCAGUCAGAACAUAGAGGAAAAAAAAAAACCAAACCACAAAACAUUCUGUGAAUGAAAUAUUGUAUGUUCAGAUUUUAUAAGAUUCUUCUUUUUUUUUUUUUAAUCCAGCCCAAUUUACAGCCGUAUAUUUUCUUAUGAAAGAUGUCUAAUAACAGGUGCUGUAACACUAUUGUUGGGUUUUACUGUCUGGUGGUAAGUGUAUACAAUAUUUCUAAGGGCAACUAUGUACUGUGAUGUAAAAGUCUGGGCUAAAAUGUAUAUAAUCUGUGUACAUAAUUGUGUACUUGAUUAUAAUUGCUGAUUGUAAAGAUUUAAUAAAAAUGUAAAUAUUCUGGUCAA